CACCCAACCAUUGGGGGGCCUAUAUAAGUCUCCGUAGCCCCUUCCCUCAUUUUCAGAGAUUCCAAAAAGAACUCUCCCUCAUUCUUUCUUUGUACAGAUCAAAAGAAAACCAUCUUUCCAUAUCCACUCUCACACGAAAACCUGAGCCAAAACUAUGGCGGCCUCAGUCCAGCAGAACCGGCAGCUCCCUCACAUCGACCCCGCCUUAAACGGCGUCGUCCGCUCCUCUUUCAAAUCAAGUACUCCCAACCGCUACUUCCAAGACAUCACUACUCCCCCAAAAAGCUCGGCCCCGAUCGACGACUACGACGAGUCGUCCUCCAGCGACGACGAAAACGACGAGAGCAUCGUAGAGUACAUGGAUUUGGUCCGGAGAGGCAACAGAGAAUUAGAGCCGUCCAUCUUGGACCCCAGAGAUGAGGCCACGUCGGACAGCUGGGUGGAGCGCAACCCCAGCAUGGUCCGCCUCACAGGGAAACACCCCUUCAACUCGGAGCCGCCGCUCAGCCGGCUCAUGCACCACGGCUUCAUCACUCCGGUCCCACUCCACUACGUCCGCAACCACGGCGUCGUCCCCAAGGCCACGUGGCACGACUGGACCGUCGAGGUCACCGGCCUCGUCAAGCGGCCCGCCCGGUUCACCAUGGACCAGCUCACCACCGAGUUCCGCGCCCGCGAGCUCCCCGUCACCCUCGUCUGCGCGGGAAACCGCCGCAAGGAGCAGAACAUGGUGAAGCAGACCAUCGGCUUCAACUGGGGCGCCGCCGGCAUCUCCACCACCGUCUGGCGCGGCGUGCGCCUCCGCGACGUCCUCAAGCGGUGCGGGAUCUACAGCCGCAUAGGCGGCGCCCUCAACGUCUGUUUCGAAGGCGCCGAGGACCUGCCAGGUGGCGGUGGCUCAAAGUACGCCACCAGUCUGAGAAAAGAGGUCGCCAUGGACGAGAGCAGGGAUAUCAUACUUGCUUACAUGCAAAACGGCGAGCGUUUGGCCCCUGAUCACGGGUUUCCGGUUCGGAUGAUCAUACCCGGUUUUAUAGGGGGCCGGAUGGUGAAAUGGCUCAAACGCAUCGUCGUGACGACGAAGGAGUCCGACUCUUAUUAUCAUUACAAGGACAACAGGGUCCUUCCCUCGCAUGUUGAUGCCGAGCUGGCCAACGCUGAAGCAUGGUGGUACAAGCCGGAGUACAUAAUCAACGAGCUGAACAUAAACUCGGUCAUUACGACGCCGUCUCACGAGGAGAUAUUGUCGAUAAACUCGUGGACGAUGCCGUACACCCUCAAAGGCUACGCAUAUUCCGGAGGGGGUAAGAAAGUGACACGAGUGGAGGUGACUGUGGACGGUGGGGAGACCUGGCACGUCUGCAAUCUGGACCACCAAGAGAAGCCGAACAAGUAUGGGAAAUACUGGUGCUGGUGCUUCUGGUCACUGGACGUGGAAGUGCUCAACUUACUGGUAGCCAAAGAGAUUGCGGUGAGGGCUUGGGACGAAACCCACAACACUCAGCCCGAAAAGCUCAUCUGGAAUGUCAUGGGAAUGAUGAACAACUGUUGGUUCCGAGUGAAAAUCAAUGUGUUGCCACACAGAGGAGAGAUUGGAAUAGUGUUUGAGCAUCCAACCAAACCUGGAAACCAAUCCGGUGGGUGGAUGGCAAAAGAGAGACGCUUGGAGACCGAAUCCAACGCAACCCUCAAGAAGAGUGUCUCUUCACCCUUCAUGAACACUUCAUCCAAGGUUUACUCAAUGUCCGAAGUCAAGAGGCAUAACACCCCUCAGUCUACAUGGAUUGUUGUCCACGGUCACGUCUACGACUGCACUAAAUUCGUCAAUGACCACCCCGGCGGUGCUGAUAGCAUUUUGAUCAAUGCUGGAACAGAUUGCACCGAAGAGUUUGAAGCAAUCCAUUCCGACAAGGCCAAGAAAAUGCUUGAGGAAUAUAGAAUAGGCGAGGUGGUCGGUACCACAGGUUACGCCUCGGACUCUAGCUCCCCUAAUAAUACCGUCCAUGGGCCACCAAGAAUAUCAACUGUGGAUUCUAUGUCUUCUCUUACGAAUGUUUUGGCUCCUAUCAAAGAAAUCACACUAAAAAGCGUCGCGCUCAAUCCGCGUGAGAAAAUUCCAUGCAAGCUUGUGACCAAGACCUCGAUUUCACAUGACGUGAGGGUAUUCAGAUUUGCAUUGCCUUCAGAAGACCAAGGUCUAGGGUUGCCAGUGGGCAAGCACAUAUUCUUGUGUGCUAAAAUUGAGGGCAAGCUUUGCAUGAGGGCUUACACUCCAACCAGCUCCAUUGAUGAAGUUGGGUAUUUUGAUCUGGUGGUUAAGGUCUACUUUAAGAAUGUGCACCCUCGGUUCCCUAAUGGUGGGCUCAUGUCACAGUACUUGGACUCUCUCCCAAUCGGGUCGGCUCUAGACGUGAAGGGUCCAUUGGGUCACAUAGAGUACACCGGUAAAGGUAACUUUUUGGUCCACGGUAAACCCAAGUUUGCAAAGAAACUCGCCAUGAUCGCCGGGGGGACGGGGAUCACACCCAUUUACCAAGUGGCACAAGCCAUCCUGAAAGACCCGGAGGACGACACCGAAAUGCACGUCGUAUAUGCAAACCGAACCGAAGAGGACAUUUUGUUGAGGGAAGAGCUUGAUGGUUGGGCUAAGGAGCAUGAGAGGUUCAAUGUGUGGUAUGUGGUGUCGAAUGGUAAGGAAGGCUGGGAAUACAGUGUGGGAUACAUCACGGAGAGUAUACUGAGGGAGCAUGUUCCUGAUGGAUCAGACGAUUCUCUUGCGUUGGUGUGCGGGCCCCCACCGAUGAUCCAAUUUGCCGUGCAGCCCAAUCUGGAGAAGCUGAACUAUGAUGUCAAGAAUUCGUUGCUGAUAUUUUGAAGGGUGGAGCGAGCUAGAUCCACAGUAAUAUGUACAGGCCCGGCCCUGGGAAAUUCAAGGCUCGGGGUGAAGAACAAAAUUGGGCCCUUUAUAUAAUUUUUUUUUUUUAAUGUUUCAUAUUAAUGAAAAAAAUAUGAUACAACGGGAGGGACGUAAGACCAAUACCACGAAAAAUAAAGAUUACAUCAGUUUAUAUCAAUCAAAUCUCAUCUAAAAUGACUUAGGAAACAUUACUCCAAUACCCCAGAAGCGUAUUUCUUAGGAAACAUUACUCUAAUAAAAAACAAAAGGACAAAUAUCAAUCGAACAAUAGAACCUGGAUGUGAGAAAUCCAAUACGUUGUCUACGCAAACCGCCCUCAUUGAGUCCUUGACUUUAUUCACAGUUUCACACCAAUGACACCACAAUGCUGUAAACAAUUGAAAAGAAAAAUCAAAACCCAGGGCCGAUGCACAAAAUUCCAUUGCUAAAGUUCAGUUGAACAAAAUAGUAUCAUAUUUCUAACCUGAAUCACUUGAUUUACGACUUUCCUUCUCACAUCAUUGUGGUGGUCUGGUGAGUGAUACAAUUGGUCUGAUAAAGCACUAAACUGGAAUUCUGGAAAACAAAGGAAGUUAGACAUUGAAUCAAACACACACAUAAAAGCAAUCAAGAACUGCACCAUUCCAAUCCUCAUCUUCAAUUUCCUAAGCAACCAAACAGGAAAAAAAGAACAAGAAGUGAAAAUCGGAGAGUGAGGUAUUACCGAAUCAGGAUCGUUGCGGAACAAGAACAACUGCACGGAUCGCUCGACGAAUUCGUCCCAGGAAGUAACAUACACCAAUUAUAAAGAUAUAAAAUUGGAAAGAGCAAUGGUCAGCUUCCAGUUCCAGGUAUAAGAAACAAAGCCCAAGAUUUGUGAUUUGUGAACAAGUAAAACAACGAGAUUGAGAGGUUGAGAGACGGAGAUUGAGAUUGAGAGAGAGUCAUAGAGAGAGACUGAGAUUUAGAUUGAGGAAUUGCUAGCCUAUUUAUAGAGAGAUUAUGGAGAAGAUGAAUUGUCUUCUCCAUAAAUUGGUAACGGGUAUAUUGCUCGAUUUCCUCCAUGAUUAAUGAGACUUGGGAGCUGUGAAUUGAGAGGAAGAAGAGAAGAAUUAGAAGAUGAAGAGUUGAAGAGAGGUUUUGCCGAAGAGAAAGAAAGGAGAUGUCAGAUGCGCGACUUUCUUUAGGGAUUUAGGUUUUUUUUUUUUUUUCUCUCCCAAAAUUUAGGCCCUUUUUUUCUCUCCCAAAAUUUGGGCCCUGGGCCAUCGCCCUGCCUGCCCUGGGCCAGGGCCGGGCCUGAAUAUGUAGAUAGUAUUAGUGUUGUAUCAUUGUUUUCUUCCACUUGAAAAGAAGGGGAGAAAUCAUUUAGAUGGGGUUUUCUUUUUUUAGAUGGAAUAAAGUCAAUUGUACUAUUUUCUCAUGUUGAGAAAUAUGUCGAUGCCAUUCCAUAUAUACAACUUUGUUUUUCAUUAAUGUUAAUAUUAUUGCAUUAGAAAUCUAAGAGCUCUGUUUUGUACCUUUUUUGACACUUUUAAUUGAUUUGCCUCGAAAUUAAGUUAUUAGGCGUAGUGAUAUCAAAUAGGGUGUGUCAUCGUCUUUUACGGCUAAUUCAAGUAUUUGGUGAUCUAUCUCGCUUAAUUUAAGAGUUCUCUUGUAAUUUAGGGUGUUUUCUAUCGCAUUUAAUUAAUUUGUUCUGAUAGAUUGUUAGGUGUCACUGUAUUCUGAAGAGUGUAUCAUUGCUUUUUGCGGUGAGCUGAGUCAAGCAUUUGAUUAUUUUUGUCAUUUUAUAUUAUUUAUCGCUUUAAAAUUAUUAAACGGCGCGACAUUUAAGAAACAUUUGUCCACACAUUUUAUGGUGAGUCAAGUCAAACAUUUAAUUAUCUCUUUCAUUCUCUCUUUUCUCUUUCCUCUCUGUAUAGCUGAAAGGUCAGCUAUGAACUUAGUUUCCGCGUUCAACCCCAGCAUGGCCCUUCCUAGCUUGAAUGGAGUUUUUGGGAAUCGUAUUAUGUACCUGAAGAUCGAGGUUGAGUGAUGAACCUUUGUUUUCUUUAAUCCAUUUCCAUAUAUGCAUACACGAACCAACUUGAAUUCCUCCGAGAUAAGCUUUUUCUCUCAUGAAUUUGACCGCAGCCAGUUUUCUUAGCAACAAACCAAGGGGACAAUUGAUUAAUUAUUUAUGUUCCAGUGUAGGAGUAGCUAAUCUGCUUAUGCAAGUAGUUAAGAUAAUAUUAUUUGGGGCAAAGAAGGAGGACACCAAAUUGAAAACGGCUCCAACGUUAUUGGGUUGUUUGCGAGAGUAAACUAUGAACAGAUGCGUGACAAAAUCUCCAGACUCCUAUGCCAAGCAGAAUAUGGGGUGAACUUGUGGAGAUCUUUUCAUGUAAUAACAGUGCGAAAUUAAAUUAGUAUUUUUUUGUAUUUUAAGUUUGAGUAGAGCAUGAAUCUUAUUAGUUAUUCCAUGUAUUAAUAUUUAAUGUAAUUAUCUCAAUUGCUUAUUAAUGCAAGU